CCAGAGAAUGCAUUCAAUCAAAUGAACCGAUCUUGUAGAAACACUGGAAUCAUUUAUGCAUUGCAGUUUCUCUUUCUUGUUUUCGCUCCUUCUUCCCUGGGAUAUUUUGAGUGGAUUGUGGCUAUUAAUCAAGAUCUCGUGCUAUUCGUGUUUUGCUUGUCGUUUUCGCUCAGGAUUAGCAUCAUUCAAGGCAAACGCAAAGCUGCUUUUCCCACCCCCCCACUCUUUUUUGAAAAAUCAUUUUUGGGGGCUGCUGAAGAGAGCUAGGACCCAGGAGACACCUUCCCAAACAGCAGGGGUUGUGUGCUUUCACAUAGCAGUACUGUACAAGGAAAACCCCGUCGGAUCUGUUAUUGCGGGAUACUUGUGAAAUAUACAUAGGAUUCUUUCUUAUGGCUGCAUCCCGGAUCUGGAAAUUUUACUUGGGGACCAGGAGGAUUUGAAAGGCUACAUGUAUUCAGAAGAUUUGCAAGCAACACUCCAAUUCUUGUCAUAGAGCUCACAGACUUCUCACUUAUCGGCUUUUUUCCUUCCUUAUUUUUUAAGAAUUAUUCUUAUUUUCCCCCCUCUUUUUCUGCUCUCUCCUCUCUCAGUCUCUCCUUUUCUAUCUGCCUCUUCAUUUUUCUCCUAGUCUGUUUUUUUUUUUUCCUGCUCUGCACCUGGAUUGUAUCUUCGGCAAACAAUCGGGCACUUUGAGAACUAACUGGAGACAGUCUUGUAGGGAAGAUCUGUAUGGAAUUAUCUGCUUUUAUGGUGAACUUGGCAUUUGUGAAUGGGAAUCUUGUUCACAAUAUUAAUUGCUAGCAAAAACAAGAAAAAGAACACAGGAGUAAAACGUGGAUUUUUCUGAAUACGCAUUGUGAUGACCAGCAAUUACCUUACCGACUAAUAUCCAGAGGAGAAUAAUUUGGAAGACUGUUGUGGGAAACAGCCUUUAAGAGCUGGAAGAUGAAAGCUCCGAUUCCACACUUGAUUCUCUUAUACGCUACUUUUACUCAGAGUUUGAAGGUUGUGACCAAAAGAGGCUCCGCUGAUGGAUGCACUGAUUGGUCUAUCGAUAUCAAGAAAUAUCAAGUUUUGGUGGGAGAGCCUGUUCGAAUCAAAUGUGCACUCUUUUAUGGUUAUAUCAGAACAAAUUACUCCCUUGCCCAAAGUGCUGGACUCAGUUUGAUGUGGUACAAAAGUUCUGGUCCUGGAGACUUUGAAGAGCCAAUAGCCUUUGAUGGAAGUAGAAUGAGCAAAGAAGAAGACUCCAUUUGGUUCCGGCCAACAUUGCUACAGGACAGCGGUCUCUACGCCUGUGUCAUCAGAAACUCCACUUACUGUAUGAAAGUAUCCAUCUCGCUGACAGUGGGUGAAAAUGACACUGGACUCUGUUAUAAUUCCAAGAUGAAGUAUUUUGAAAAAGCUGAACUUAGCAAAAGCAAGGAAAUUUCGUGCCGUGACAUAGAGGAUUUUCUACUGCCAACCAGAGAACCUGAAAUCCUUUGGUACAAGGAAUGCAGGACAAAAACAUGGAGGCCAAGUAUUGUAUUCAAAAGAGAUACUCUGCUUAUAAGAGAAGUCAGAGAAGAUGACAUUGGAAAUUAUACCUGUGAAUUAAAAUAUGGAGGCUUUGUUGUGAGAAGAACUACUGAAUUAACUGUUACAGCCCCUCUGACUGAUAAGCCACCCAAGCUUUUGUAUCCUAUGGAAAGUAAACUGACAAUUCAGGAGACCCAGCUGGGUGACUCUGCUAAUCUAACCUGCAGAGCUUUCUUUGGGUACAGCGGAGAUGUCAGUCCUUUAAUUUACUGGAUGAAAGGAGAAAAAUUUAUUGAAGAUCUGGAUGAAAAUCGAGUUUGGGAAAGUGACAUUAGAAUUCUUAAGGAGCAUCUCGGGGAACAGGAAGUUUCCAUCUCAUUAAUUGUGGACUCUGUGGAAGAAGGUGACUUGGGAAAUUACUCCUGUUAUGUUGAAAAUGGAAAUGGACGUCGACACGCCAGUGUUCUCCUUCAUAAACGAGAGCUAAUGUACACAGUGGAACUUGCUGGAGGCCUUGGUGCUAUCCUCUUGCUGCUUGUAUGUUUGGUGACCAUCUACAAGUGUUACAAGAUAGAAAUCAUGCUCUUCUACAGGAAUCAUUUUGGAGCUGAAGAGCUGGAUGGAGACAAUAAAGAUUAUGAUGCAUACUUAUCAUACACCAAAGUGGAUCCUGACCAGUGGAAUCAAGAGACUGGGGAAGAAGAACGUUUUGCCCUUGAAAUCCUACCUGAUAUGCUUGAAAAGCAUUAUGGAUAUAAGUUGUUUAUACCAGACAGAGAUUUAAUCCCCACUGGAACAUACAUUGAAGAUGUGGCAAGAUGUGUAGAUCAAAGCAAGCGGCUGAUUAUUGUCAUGACCCCAAAUUACGUAGUUAGAAGAGGCUGGAGCAUCUUUGAGCUGGAAACCAGACUUCGAAAUAUGCUUGUGACUGGAGAAAUUAAAGUGAUUCUAAUUGAAUGCAGUGAACUGAGAGGAAUUAUGAACUACCAGGAGGUGGAGGCCCUGAAGCACACCAUCAAGCUCCUGACGGUCAUUAAAUGGCAUGGACCAAAAUGCAACAAGUUGAACUCCAAGUUCUGGAAACGUUUACAGUAUGAAAUGCCUUUUAAGAGGAUAGAACCCAUUACACAUGAGCAGGCUUUAGAUGUCAGUGAGCAAGGGCCUUUUGGGGAGCUGCAGACUGUCUCGGCCAUUUCUAUGGCCGCGGCCACCUCCACAGCUCUAGCCACUGCCCAUCCAGAUCUCCGUUCUACCUUUCACAAUACGUACCAUUCACAAAUGCGUCAGAAACACUACUACCGAAGCUAUGAGUACGACGUACCUCCUACCGGCACCCUGCCUCUUACCUCCAUAGGCAAUCAGCAUACCUACUGUAACAUCCCUAUGACACUCAUCAACGGGCAGCGGCCACAGACAAAAUCGAGCAGGGAGCAGAAUCCAGAUGAGGCCCACACAAACAGUGCCAUCCUGCCGCUGUUGCCAAGGGAGACCAGUAUAUCCAGUGUGAUUUGGUGACAGAAAAGCAAGGGACAUCCCGUCCCUGGGAGCUUGAGUGGAAUCUGCAGUCCAGUGCCUGGAACUAAAUCCUCGACUGCUGCUGUUAAAAAACAUGCAUUACAAUCUCUAGAACACGAGGAAAAACAGGGUCUUGUACAUAUGUUUUUUGGAAUUUCUUUGUAGCAUCAGUGUCCUCCUGUUUUACCAUGUCUUUUACCAUUACAUUUUUUGACUUUGUUUUAUAUGUCGUUGGAAUUUGUAAAUUUACAUUUUUUUUAAAGAAGAGACUGAUGUGUAGAUAGAAAACCCUUUUUUUGCUUCAUUAGUUUAGUUUUAGAAUGGGUUUUUAUUUUAUUUCCUUUUUUAAAAUUUUACUUUGCUUUUAACAUUUCCUUGGGGUGCUUGGACAAAUCUAUCCGAUGGGACAAGGAGCACCGGAUUCUUUCUCGGGUUCUGCCUAGGAUCAACUGGGCCACGUCGGCCUUCACAGAACAGUGCAACAAAUGCCAGCAUUGCCAUUCGGGGAAAAAAAACAAAAAAAAAAAAGAUGAGAAGAACACUUGAUCAUAGGAGGGCCCCACCAGUCAGAGCCCUGAAUCUCUUCCUUGUCCCACCUCAUUCCCCACCUCUACCUUUCUAAUGGCGGCAUGAUGUGUAAACUCUGUGGAGGGGUGGGGGCGGGUCUAACUGUCUUAACAUUUAAGUCACUGCUCUUCAGAAUACACUCUAGACCCAAAGGUGUGCUAAUCACUUCACAGUGACCACUACAGAGUACUAAGAAGAGAAGAUCAAGGGCAUGAAAUCGGGGAAGAGUGUUAUUUCCAUUUUUUAAAUGAGUUGAUGUACCCUUAUAUAUAUAUACAUAUAUAUAAAUAUAAAUAUAUAUAAAAACAACAAAACAAAACAAAA